AUGACGCCAUUUCACAGGGUGAAAGUAGCUUUAACACCCGCACUGGCUCUGUCUCGAAAAAGAUUCCGAAUGUACUGUUGGGUGGACUCAUUACCUGCAAAGAAGGCCGGCGGGCCCACUCCCCCGUGCGCUGUGGAAGCGGCGGCGGCGGACGCCCUAGAGGAAGAGAGCUUCGCGCAGUCCAUCUCUUCCGCCUCUGAUGCAGAAUUUGAUGCUGUGGUUGGAUAUUUAGAGGACAUUAUCAUGGAUGAUAUGUUCCAGUUAUUACAGAAGAAUUUCAUGGACAAGUACUACCAGGAGUUUGAAGACACAGAAGAGAAUAAGCUCACGUACACACCUAUUUUUAACGAAUAUAUUUCUUUGGUUGAAAAGUAUAUAGAACAGUUGUUGGAGCGGAUUCCUGGAUUUAACAUGGCGCCUUUCACUACAACUCUACAGCACCAUAAAGAUGAAGUGGUCGGUGACAUUUUCGACGUGCUGCUCACGUUUACAGAUUUUCUGGCUUUCAAAGAAAUGUUUCUGGACUGUCGAGCAGAAAAAGAAGGCUGGGGGCUGGACUUAAGCAGCGGUUUAGGGAUGACUUCAUUGUGCAGAUCAUCUUCUGUGACAGCUAGACUAUGACUAUGACUCCUACCAUCACAGCUAGUCUUGGC